GUAGUUAAAUGUUUCAGUUAGAGAGAGGAACAUGAGUUAAGAGAGAGAAAAACCCUAGUUUAUGGAGUUUGUUGCUUUUCAGCUCUCAUGGCGAUGGCCAUUAACUGCCGAGAAUCUACACGGCGUAGUAGCCUCGCUGGACCUGUGGAGCUCUAUUAAUGGAUCUGCUUUUUGACAGUUUCGCAGUGUCCUUAUCGGCCUGAUUUCAGGCUUUUAUGUGCCCUCUCUCUCAGGUUUCUUCCUCGAUCUCCGAGAAUUGGCCUGAGUGUUGCUGUUUUAGGGUUUCUGGCUUGUCGGAACUUUGUCUCCGUGGUCGUUAAUGGCGGAUCCGAUGUGUGAUAGUGGAGAAUUGAUUGCCUCUUGGUGCUCGUUUGUUUAGAUCCAUUUAUUUCUCGUCCUUUUGACUGAGCUAUUUCCUGGCUCUGAUACUGAUGGUUGAGGGCUAGUUUGAAGGUUUUGGGGUUUUGAGAUUGCUUUAGCUUUGAGUUGCAUCAAGGUGGAGAGUGAACUGGUUUUGGAGUUUGAAAUCGGUGGUUUUGAAGAUGCGAUUAAGGUUUGGAGAUCCUCACUCCUCUGGUGAUUUCAGAGAAAGAGUAAGAACUGGUCAUGGAGUUGCAGGUAGAUUACUGAUUCAGUUUCGAGGAGUUUCAAAGAGGGUAGUUCUCUUUGAGAAAAGUGAGAUGUUCUUAUUUGGACUUCAUGGAUUUUGGAGCAUUUAGAUGUGUUUGGUGAUUGAAGAGCAUAGAUAAAGAGCAACAAAUGGUUUACUCGGAAGUGAAUCAGGGUUUUGUGAGGCUCAAGAGACUAUCAACUCAUCAAUAGAUAGAUUGGAAACUGUUUUCUAUGAGAAUUGUCUUGUAUGACGUUCAAGGGUGCCAAGUUCAUAAACAUGCCAAGUUCAUAAACAAAUCCGUUAGAAGGCGUCUCUUCUGAUUUCAAAGUCAAUUAUACAACCUACUGAUUCAUUAUCGUUUGCUUCCAAUAAGAAUUUGACUUUUAUCGACCAUCUGGAAUGGUUUCACAUGAAAAAACACUAGAAGUCUGAGAGUUAUUGAACUUAUAGAAUAGCCUCAAUUUUCCAAAAGUUUCAGGUGAUAAGGUUGGAAGUUUCAGGUAAUUAGGGCUGGGUUUGGAUCUGAUUCUUGAGCUAGAGAGCAAGAAGAAUCAUCACAGAGAUGCAAGUUCGAGGCCUCACCCGAUCAGUUAGCUUUGGAAUCUCUGAUGUGGCCCUGGAAUGUGUCAUGGCCUAUCUCGAUGAACCUCGAGAUAGAAGCGCCGUGUCUUUGGUUUGUAAAAGAUGGCACUAUAUUGAUUCUUUGACUCGAAAGCAAAUAACCAUAGCCUUCUGCUACUCCAUUAGUCCUUGCCGUCUAAGGAACAGGUUCCCUCGGCUUGAGUCCCUGAAACUUAAGGGAAAGCCUCGAGCUUCGAUGUUCAAUCUGAUACCGGAGGAGUGGGGUGGUUAUGCAGGGCCAUGGAUUAGUGAGAUAUCUGAGACUUUUAACUGCUUAAAGUCUCUCCAUUUUCGUCGCAUGGUUGUGACUGAUAAGGAUCUUGCUAUUCUUGUUGCUGGACGCGGCCAUAUGCUUAAUGCGCUCAAGCUAGACAAGUGCUCGGGGUUUUCUACCAAGGGCCUUUUACACGUUACCCAGAAUUGCAGAUCUCUAAAGACUUUGUUUUUAGAAGAAAGCUCUUUUGAGGAGGAGGAUGGUGAAUGGCUUCACGAGCUUGCUUUGAAUAAUACUGUCCUAGAAGUUUUAAAUUUUUAUGCAACAGAGGUGAAAAAAAUAAACAUUCAAGAUCUUGAACUGUUAGCUAAGAAUUGUCGCAAUUUAAUUUCUUUGAAGAUAAGCGACUGUGAAAUCUUGGACCUAGUUGGUGUGUUUCGAAGAGCAAACGCAUUAGAAGAAUUUGGGGGAGGUUAUGUCAGUGAACCAUUGGCAGGAGAGGUGAAUAAAUAUGGAAACAUGUACUUUCCGCCAAGGUUAGCUCGUCUUGGUCUUAGCUACAUGAGUGAAAACGAGAUGCCUAUGAUUUUCCCUUUUGCAGCUUCACUGAAGAAGCUAGACUUGCAGUACACAUUACUAAACACCGAGGAUCAUUGCCAGCUGAUUCAGCGCUGCCCCAAUCUUGAAGUUCUUGAGGUGAGGAAUGUGAUAGGUGACAGAGGACUAGAGGUUGUUGCUCAACAUUGUAAAAAAUUACGCAGGCUUCGAAUUGAGCGUGGGGACGAUGAGCAGGGUUUGGAAGAUGAACAGGGAAUGGUUUCUCAGAGAGGAGUAUCUGCCCUAGCUGAAGGUUGCCCCGAACUAGAGUAUUUGGCUGUUUAUGUAUCUGAUAUCACUAAUGCAGCUUUAGAAUCGGUUGCCACUUUUUGCAAAAACCUCUGUGACUUUCGCCUGGUUUUACUUGAACGAGAAGAAAGAAUAACUGACUUACCACUCGACAAUGGGGUUCAAGCUCUAUUAAGAGGCUGCCAGAAACUAAGAAGGUUUGCUCUUUAUCUAAGGCCAGGUGGUCUAACUGACAGAGGUCUUGGUUAUAUUGGAAGAUACAGUAAAAAUAUCAGGUGGAUGCUUUUGGGUUUUGUUGGUGAAACAGAUGCUGGGAUUUUGGAAUUCUCAAGAGGCUGCCCCGAUCUUCAGAAAUUGGAGCUACGAGGUUGUUGUUUCAGUGAAAGUGCAUUGGCUAGGGCAGUUAUAAAUUUAGCAUCUCUGAGAUAUCUAUGGGUGCAGGGCUAUAGAGCAUCGCCAACUGGUCGGGAUCUUUUAAGGAUGUCUCGUCCGUUUUGGAACAUAGAGAUCAUUCCUCCAACGAUUGAGAAUGGUAUGCCUGAUGAUGUUGGGGGUUUUGAGCUGCCAGCUCAGAUUCUAGCGUAUUAUUCACUGGCUGGAAGAAGAGAUGAUCAUCAUGGAACAGUCAUUCCGUUAUCCCCAUCAUCCUCAUGAUUUCAUAGGUAACAAACAUGGACUAAGAAGCACGUCAUGGAUAAUGCGGUCAGUUAAAACCUUUGAUAUAAUCACUGAGUGCAUUUCAAUAGAAAAUUAGGGUUUUACUUUCACAUGUUUUCAGUUCAACAGUGGAUCCGAACUGAACAUGAAAACCAGUUUUUUAUACAGUUCAGCAUUCAUCUCCCGCAUCAUUGCUUGUAGUAAUCACCUUGGGAUCAGUAUACUGCGUCCACUCACUGUUCUAUAUUUUCCAGAGAGGCUUCUAUGUAUUUCAAGAUAUCAAAAUCUUGUUUAUAAAAAUAUAUGCUUUCCUGGUGCUGUGGGAACAAGUCCAAUUGUUACCAUCAUGGUUUUCUUCAUUGUGAUGCACGUGUUUGGCGACAUUAUUCAAGGGAGCAGAGCCUAAGUUCCUUGUAUCAUAUACGUUCCGGGGAUUGUGAGAAUGUAAAGCCCAGGGAAUAUGUUUCUUUUGAGUUGCUACUGUGGAUUAUAGGUGAAGCUUUUGUUUCUUGUGUUGUUGUGGAGCUGCAAAAACCCCUAAUAUUUGGGGUUCACAUGAAGCGGUUUCUCUAUGUUGGACUUGAUGUAUUCUUAGUGUUUCCGAGGCAGGGUUAUUUUCGGAAUUCAGGUCACUAUGUUCAAAAUGUGGCUCUUUUGGGAUGAUCUCUAUCAGUAUUGUGAUAUGACAGAUGCACCUGAGUAUUCAACGGGGAUGAGAAGAGACCUGGAGUCUUCCAAGGCAGCUCAAUUGAAGAAAAGGGGGUGGAUUCUUCUGAAGUGCUUUGGCUCGGUUGUAGAGAGAGAGAGAGAGAGAGAGAUUUCUGUAAGAAAUUCUGAACUAAUAUCUGUGUAUUUUCUGUAACACUUUCGUGUUUGCUUUUGUUGCUGAACUGUUGAGAUGUGUAGGCAACGGGGAUCUGGCUUGUUCAUGAUUUCCUCCGCGGUUUAUGUGUCCUUUGUAAAUAAUAGUGGAGUUUACCUUCUCUCC